AUGCAUGGCCAUUUGGAUAUCAUCAGAUUUGCCCAUGAAAGUGGCUAUCCCUGGGAUAAGUACACAUGCAACAAUGCUGCUAGGAAUGGCCAUUUGGAAAUACUGAAGCUUGCCCAUGAAAAUGGCUGUCCGUGGACUGCUGAUACCUGUAACAAUGCCGCACGCAAUGGCCAUUUAGACUGCCUCAAGUACGCCCAUGAAAAUGGGUGUCCAUGGGACUGCAUACGUUGCAGGUUUGCUGCUCUUGGUGGACAUUUGAAGAUCCUGAAAUAUGCCCGUGAAAUGGACUGUCCAUGGCAUCAAGAUACUUGUCGAGUUGCUGCUGAGAAGGGCCAUUUGGCAAUCCUGAUCUAUGCCCAUGAAGGUGGAUGUCCAUGGGGGCAGUUCACAUGUGGAUAUGCUGCUUGGAAAGGUCAACUGGAAUGUCUCAAAUUUGCCCAGCAACAUGGCUGCCCAUGGGACAAGCUCACAUGCACCCUUGCUGCUAAAGCUGGACAUUUGAACUGUCUCAAAUUUGCCCAUGAGAAUGGAUGUCCCUGGGACAAAUUCACAUGCAGCCAAGCUGCUGCUUUUGGCAAUUUGGAAUGCCUCAAAUAUGCCCAUGCAAGGGGCUGUCCCUGGGACAAAUUCACAAUCAGGAGUGCUGCUAAAGGCCACUUAGAAUGCCUCAAGUAUGCAGAUGCAAAUGGUUGCCCAAGGGAUGAAGACACAUGCAUCAUUGCUGCUUCAAGAGGUCGUUUGGAGGUUCUUCAGUUUGCAAUUGCAAAUGGUUACCCAUGGACCGUGUCCGAUUUGCUGAAGCACAGUUCUACUGUUCCUGUGAAGGGUUGGGUUGAUUGCCUCAUAAUUUCCCAGAACAAGGUUUGA